AUGUCGGGCUUUGGUGACUUCACCAGCAUCUGCGAGAUGGCGCCGCUGCCGUUGUGCGCGUCUCUUGGGCCGGUAAUGUCGUCUGGCCGCGUUGGGAUCGAGCCCAACUGCUAUUCGCGCAACAUCGAGCUCGCCAACACCAUCAUCUUCGAGGGUGCUACUGCCGUCAUGCACAUCGUGGCCAUCCUGAUGACGAUUGUCAUGAUUCUUCACAUCCGCUCCAAGUUCACUGCCGUCGGUCGCCAAGAGAUUCUCACAUUCUUCUACCUGUAUAUGCUCCUUUGCUUCAUCUCUCUCGUCGUCGAUGCUGGAGUGGUCCCGCCUGGUAGCGAUCCCUACCCGUACUUUGUGUGCAUACAAAACGGCCUCAGCAGUGCGCUUGUGACCUGCCUUCUUAUUAACGGGUUUGUGGGAUUCCAACUAUACGAGGAUGGAACGCCACUGUCAUUGUGGAUGCUGCGUCUCAUCUCUGCGUUCUCUUUCGCCAUUACUUUCCUUGUCUCCCUGGGUACAUUCAAAUCAGUAGCCGGCAUGAGCCCUACAGAAACCAUCGGCUUGUUUGUCGUGUUGUAUCUGUUGAAUGCCAUCCAGCUCUUCGUCUAUGUCGGCAUGCAGAUCUUGCUGGUCGUGAGAACCCUUCAGGAUCGCUGGCCUCUGGGUGAUAUUGCUUUUGGCAUCUUCUUUUUCAUCGUGGGCCAGGUCAUCUUGUACGCUUUCAGCUCCCAGAUCUGCGACGCCGUCGCUCACUACUUUGAUGGCCUGCUCAUCGCAACUGUCACCAACCUUCUCGGCGUUAUGAUGGUGUACAAGUACUGGGAUUCAAUUACCAAGGAGGAUCUUGAAUUCUCCGUAGGUACCAAGAUGAACAACUGGGAGGUCAAGGAACUACUCCCCGAGGAGGAGCGACGUAACACUGUCUUCAUGGACGACCCGUAUGGCAACACGAGCGGAUAUGAUAUGUCACAAUUCUCACCAUCAACGCCCCGAUACUCGGCCAAGUACUAA